AUGGUCGUCUCCAUCUACCUUGAAAAAGCUCACAUGUUCCGCUACCUCGGCCGUCUGCUCUCCUGGAAGUCCCUCGGCGGCCACGACCUCCUCAUACGCGUCUGCCUCAUCUCCGCCUUUGCCAGCGCCCUUUUCACCAAUGACACCACCUGCAUUGUUCUCACCGAAUUCGUCCUCAAAUUCACGAAGCAGCAUGACCUCCCCCCCUUACCUUUCCUCCUCGCCCUCGCAUCCAGCGCAAACAUCGGCUCCUCCGCGACGCCCAUCGGCAACCCCCAAAAUCUCGUCAUAGCCAUCCAAAGCAAGAUCCGCUUCG